AAUUUGCCAAACUAAUUCAUCAUCUACACACUCCAUGGCGGUGCUGAACCGCCUUCUUUUCACGGCCAGAACAACCGCCACGUCGCCGUCGUCAAUUCGCUCAGCUCUCCGCCACUCCUCUUCUCCAACUAACAAUCUUCAAUCUCCGUCGCCGUCGCCGUCGCCGCCGUCUACUGAUCAAAAUCAGCUACAUCUCAGCCGCUCCGGAAGUGAAAGGAACGUGCAGUGGGUGUUUCUAGGCUGUCCCGGCGUCGGAAAAGGUACUUAUGCUGCUCGGCUCUCGAAGCUUCUCGGCGUGCCUCAUAUUGCUACUGGCGAUCUUGUGCGCCAUGAGCUGGCUUCCAACGGUCCCCUCUCUUCUCAGCUUUCAGAGAUUGUCAACCAAGGCAAAUUGGUCUCUGAUGAGUUUAUAAUAAAGCUUCUGUCGAAACGUCUCGAGGCUGGAGAAGCCAAAGGUGAAUCAGGGUUUAUUCUUGAUGGCUUUCCUCGGACUCUAAGACAGGCGGAAAUUUUGGAGGGAGUAACUGACAUUGACCUGGUGAUUAAUCUGAAGCUUCGGGAAGAAGCCUUGAUUGCAAAAUGCCUUGGUAGAAGAAUUUGUAGCCAGUGCGGAGGAAACUAUAAUGUUGCUUGCAUUGAUAUUAAAAGUGAAAAUGGGCUUCCUGGAAUGUAUAUGGCUCCUCUUCUUCCUCCUACAAGUUGUGAGUCCAAAUUAAUUACCCGCCCUGAUGAUACUGAAGAAGUUGUAAAGCAUCGGCUCCAUGUAUAUAAUGAAAUGAGCCGGCCUGUCGAAGUUUUUUACCGCAACCGUGGGAAGUUGUUAGAAUUUGACCUUCCGGGAGGGAUCCCUGAAUCCUGGCCAAAGCUGCUUCGAGCUUUGCAUCUUGAUGUUCAUGAAGAUAAAAAGACAAUUGCUGCUUAAUUAUAGUGUGUAGUUCAUAUCCGAGGUAAGUUUAUUAUUCUUUUCAUGUGCAAGAUUUGCACAUUAUAAAAACAUAUAAGCAAGCAGGUGUAUUUUAGCUCAUAGAAUAAAUUAUUGAUUGGUCUGACCUGGUUGUGAAGAUACAUCCCUUGCGGGAUUCAUAGUUGUGUAGAAUUUUUGUUGUAGAUUUGGCGAAUGGCCAUGUAAUUUUAAAUUAUACUUAUUAUAUAGGUUAUUGCUUUUCAUUCA